CGCGAUGUGAGCCCGGGCUCGGCAGCGCCCGCCGCCCCGCGCCCCGGGAAGAUGCUGAGCAGGUGGAUGAGUGGCAGCAGCAGGAACCUGGACCGCGAGUACAACUGCACCGUGCGGCUGCUGGACGACAGCGAGUACACCUGCACCAUCCAGAGAGAUGCCAAGGGCCAGUACCUGUUCGACCUGCUGUGCCACCACCUGAACCUGCUGGAGAAGGAUUACUUCGGCAUCCGCUUUGUGGACCCCGACAAGCAAAGGCACUGGCUGGAGUUCACCAAGUCGGUUGUGAAGCAGAUGCGGGCCCAGCCCCCCUUCACCAUGUGCUUCCGAGUCAAGUUCUACCCCACGGACCCCGCGGCGCUGAAGGAGGAGAUCACCAGGUACCUGGUGUUCCUGCAGAUCAAGCGGGAUCUGUACCACGGCCGGCUGCUGUGCAAGACGUCGGACGCGGCGCUGCUGGCUGCCUACAUCCUGCAGGCUGAGAUCGGGGACUACGACCCGGGGAAGCACCCAGAGGGCUACAGCUCCAAGUUCCAGUUCUUCCCCAAGCACUCGGAGAAGCUGGAGAGGAAAAUCGCAGAGAUCCACAAGUCAGAGCUGAGUGGGCAGACACCGGCCACUUCGGAGCUGAACUUCCUCAGGAAAGCCCAGACUCUGGAGACCUACGGGGUCGACCCACACCCGUGCAAGGACGUGUCCGGCAACGCCGCCUUCCUGGCCUUCACCCCCUUCGGCUUCGUCGUGCUGCAGGGCAACAAGAGGGUGCACUUCAUCAAGUGGAACGAGGUGACCAAGAUGAAAUUCGAGGGGAAGACUUUCUAUCUGUACGUAAGCCAGAAGGAGGAGAAGAAAAUUGUUCUCACCUAUUUUGCCCCGACACCAGAAGCCUGCAAACACCUCUGGAAGUGUGGGAUCGAGAACCAGGCUUUCUACAAGUUGGAGAAGUCGAGCCAGGUGAGGACGGUGUCCAGCAGCAACCUGUUCUUCAAGGGGAGCCGCUUCCGCUACAGCGGCCGCGUCGCCAAGGAGGUGAUGGAGUCCAGCGCCAAGAUCAAGAGGGAGCCCCCCGAGAUCCACCGGGCCGGGCUGGUGCCCAGCAGGAGCUGCCCCUCCAUCACACACGGCCCCAGGCUGAGCAGCGUGCCCCGCACCCGGCGGAGAGCCGUCCACAUCUCCAUCAUGGAAGGCCUGGAGUCGCUCCGUGACAGCGCCCACUCGACCCCGGUGCGCUCGGCUUCCCACGGCGACGCCUUCGCGGGCCCGGGGCGCAGCGGCCGCGCCGAGAGCAGCGAGCGGGUGGCCGUGAUCGCGGACGAGAGCUACAGCCCCGCCGACAGCGUGCUGCCCACGCCCGUGGCCGAGCACAGCCUGGAGCUGAUGCUGCUGUCGCGCCAGGCCAACGGCGCCCCGUGCAGCAUCGAGGAGGAGAAGGAGUCGGAGGCGGGCACGCCGGCGGCAGAGGCGGAGGGCGAGCUGCGGGCGCUGUGCCCGGGCGCCGCCGGCCUGGGGCCCGCGCAGGCCCAACAGGUGAAUAAGUUUCUUUUAAGUGUCCUCCGUUUGCUCCUUGUGACAGUUGGACUCCUCUUUGUUUUGCUCCUCCUCCUGAUCGUCCUUACCGAGUCCGACCUUGACACUGCCUUUUUCCGUGAUAUCCGCCAGACCCCAGAGUUCGAGCAGUUCCAUUACCAAUACUUUUGUCCCCUCAGGCGAUGGUUUGCCUGCAAGCUCCGCGCCGUGGUAAACCUGCUCAUUGACACCUGAAGGCAGGAGCCGCCGCGGGGGCCUGGACCUGCCGCCGGCACUCACUAACCCUCCCCUCCCGACCCGGGCCCGGCCGGCCGAGGAGGCGGCUUUCCGGGAGGAAGAGGAGGGUGGGCGCAGCCCCCGGAGCCCCCUCCUCCCCGUGCUCCCAGCCCCGGAGCCCGCACGGCACCUCCCGUCCCGACCCCACGCUCACGACUGGGGAAGCACCGAGCAGAGGGGAAUUCUUUGCUCUGCCAGCCCGGCCGGGGCUGGCGGGGCCGUUCCGCAGGAGCUUUAGCAAUGGUGCUACUGAGGUUUCAUUUAACACUCGUGUACUGUUUCGGUAUUCAAUCCGCACUGUGCCCGCCGCCCCCGCCCUCCACGAAGCGCUUGGCAGAGCCCUCCCUGCCCACCGGAGCCUCCCAGGAGGUGCCCGAGCUCUCGGGGCGCCCCGCGCCCUCUCCCCGCAGCGCAGCGCAGCGCAGCCAUCCGGAGCCCUCGCCCUGCUGCGGACUCGGCCCUUCGCCACUCUUUCAGGCCUUGAAGCAUCGGUGCUCCCGAGGGCAGGGGAGCAUGGAAGCCAGGGGACGCAAACCUGGCGUGGAGCUGAAGUGACUGUGUCAGAUUUAUUGGGAUGACCUUUACCCUCCGCCAGUUGUACCUGUUUUGUAAAAAAACCAAGCAAAAAGAACAAAACAAAAAAACAAAAAAACAAAAAAAAAAAAAAAAAAAAAAAAGAGAGACAUUUCAAGGUCUAUUUUAACAAGGAAAUGCUAUUUUGUUAUCAGAUCUAAUCCAGUCUUUUUUUACUUUACGGACGGGGUGACCGUGGGUGCCGGUACCGAGCGGUUCCCUGUGAGCAAUGGUUUAAGAGCAAAUGCCGGGAGCCCAAGGCCGGCCGAGCCCUGCUGGGUUUGGGACACAGAAGGAGCUCUGCUUUUGGGACUCUUCCCAAGAGGACACGAGUUCAGAAGCGCAGGUGACACUGAAGAAGCCAACGGACACCUUUAGCCCCGACCAUCGUUGAUUGCAAGUCAAUAAACCCAACUCAUCGUGAGGACCCCCGGACUGGAGCAGCAGCCCAUCCACAGGGAGCAAUAACAGCCAGUUCUGGUUAGGUUGGGGUGACAAGUUGGACACAUCAGCAAAAAAAAAAAAAAAAAAAAAAAAAAAAAAAAAAAAAAAAAAAAAAAAAAGAAGGGUAGAAACAGCUGAGCAAGUUUAAUUUCAUCUCAGGGAGAGAUUUUUCCGUAAGCUGGGGCCAUAACUGCAGUUUUACAAAGCCUGAUGUCCGUGUUGUCUUUGAGCAUCCAGCAGCCACCGCCGGGCGGGACGGUGACCUUGGGCCACUCCUUGUCACUGCAAUAAGGGGAGAGGUCCCGUGGGGGGCACAGUCCCCCUGCCCGGGUCACAGCCUGCUCACAGCACGAGGCCCGGGGAGGGUG